GUCACAAAAUUUCUCUCCUCUGUUUAUGGGACAUCUUCAUUCCUCAGACAAUUAAAGAAAACACAUACACACAGAAUCUUCAGCUUUUGCUUUUAUGAUAUGCAGAAGAUGAAGGAAGACACAUACUCUCCCACUUGUGUUCUUGAAGAUUAUCUAAGAAGUUUGGAAUGUGAAACAGUUUCUUCAAAAGAAAGCACAUCAGGAAGUAGUGAUCAAGAUCAUGAUCAAAAAGAUUCGAAGAAGCCGCCUUUAAGCAGCAAUUCGUCGAAAUGGAAAGAUGUUGUUCAUUUGAUUAAAAAUAAAUCAAAGAAAUGUUUGCCCACGUCAUUUCAUCAUUCUAUUAGUAGUGGCUUGCAAUUAUCAAAAAGAUUAAGUAGUAGUUUUCGAGAAAAAGUAGCUAUAAUCCCGCCUUCUCCAAUGGCUGGUAUGAACUAUUUUAAGCCACAUUGGAAGAACUUUACUUUCUCUCAGUUGCAAUCUGCCACCAAUAACUUCUCAAAUGAAAAUAUGAUUGGGAAGGGAGGUUAUGCUGAGGUAUACAAAGGGGUUUUGAAAGAUGGGCAACUUGUGGCUGUUAAACAACUAACGCGAGGCCCUAUCGAUGAAAGAACCGCAAGUUAUUUAUCCGAGCUUGGGGUUAUGGCCCAUGUUAACCAUCCAAAUACAGCCAAGUUAAUUGGUUAUGGUGUUGAAGGAGGAUUACAUCUUGUUCUUGAGCUAUCUCCUAAUGGUAGUUUGGCUUCAUGGCUUCAUGCUUUGGAGGAGAAACUAGAUUGGGAUAUUAGGUAUAAGGUUGCUUUAGGAAUAGCUGAAGGUUUGCUUUAUCUUCAUGAAGGAUGUCAAAGGAGAAUCAUUCAUAGAGACAUUAAGGCUGCAAAUAUAUUACUUACAAAGGACUUUGAACCUCAAAUUUGUGAUUUUGGGCUAGCAAAAUGGCUGCCGGAGCACUGGACUCACCAUACAGUUUCAAGAUUUGAAGGCACAUUCGGAUAUCUUGCUCCAGAGUACUUGAUGCAUGGGAUAGUUGAUGAAAAAACGGAUGUUUUUGCGUGUGGUGUACUUUUGUUGGAACUUAUUAGUGGUCGUAGAGCUCUAGACUACUCGCAGCAGAGUCUUGUUUUAUGGGCAAAGCCAUUGCUCAGGAAGAAUAAUGUUCGAGAGCUUAUUGAUCCUGCUAUUGCUGACAAUUGUGACACACGUCAAUUGCAUCUAAUGGUUUUGGCUGCAUCAUUAUGCAUACAACAGUCAUCUAUUCGACGCCCUGAUAUGAACCAGGUUCUACAGCUCCUAAAAGGUGAGCCCGCUGGAUGGGAGUUUGCAAUGAACAACUGUAAGCGCAGGUCAACAAUAAAAAAACGUUAUGAAGAUCUUUUUCGUGCAGAAUUUUAUAGUAUGAUAAGUUCCCACAAGUCGAGUCUAAUGGACUGAUCAGGCUUUCUGUCACAAGUAAGUUGUAACCAUACUCAAUUUCCCGUCAACAAUUGUGAAGUUUUGUAGUAGAUAUUUUCUCUGUGCAUACGUAUCCGAGCUUCUUUGUUUUAAUUCUGUACAAAUAUCUUUAUGUAUAUCGUACUCUCACCUCAUUGAGGGUCUUGUAGAACUUGUUUUGAAGAAAAAUGGUUAAGAAGUAAAAGAAAAGGUCCUAUGAACAUUUCAUUA